CGCGGCGUGAAUCGGAGCCACCGGCGGACCCGCGCCCCGCCCGUCCCUUCCUGUCCCGUCCCGUCCGGUCCGCGCCGACCAAGCCAUGGCGCCUGCGGCGGGAAGCUGGGCGCCGGGCCUGUGGCGCGCCUGCAACUGGCUCAUGGGCGCCUUCUUCGCGCUGGCGGCCUACGUGCAGGUGAAUGAUCCAGAUGCAGAACUGUGGAUGGUUGUGUAUACGAUUCCUGCAGUGCUCACCCUGCUUGUUGGACUUAACCCUCUUGUCACAGGUAACUUCAUUUGGAAGAGUGUCUCUGCAAUACACAUAUUCUUUUGUAUCGUGUGGACUGUCGGCUUGGCAUACAACCUCUCACUUCAUACAAAACAGAGCAUCUUACACGAGGAAGAAGGCAGGGAGCUGUUGGGGCUGGUGAUUAUCACAGCAUGGAUGAGCCUCUGCCAGACUGCAUCAAAGAACCCAGUUGGUGGAAGGAUUCAGUUGGCUAUUGCUGUGGCAGUUGCUCUCUUCCCACUGAUCUCGUGGGUCUACAUAUACUUAAACAAGGAGAUGCGGUCCUCCUGGCCAACUCACUGCAAGACAGUAAUUUAAACACAGUGAAGAAUCCUGUUCUUAAAAUGAGUUUUCAAUUUUUUAUAAACAUGGUUGUAACAAGCCAGUUUCCCUGGAGUUUAUUUCAGGUAAUCUGAGUUAAUACUAGAGAUGAUUUAAAAAAAAAAAUCCUAAGAACUUUUUAAGGCUGCCUACAACCCAGGACUGGAUGGGACCAGUAAGAGAGACAGGCUAUGACAUCCUGCUGUGUCACAGUGCAGUGGGAAGGGCAGUAGAGCAAAAGUUAAGAAGUAUGAAUUGUAACUCAGCUUCAUCAUGAUCCAUGUGACUCUGGCAAAUAUAUAAACCUCAUGUAGAUAAUUCUUUAUCUAUAAAACAUGAUGGAUAUGAGACAGCUUACUUACACAGCUGCAAGGAUUAAACUAGAUGAUAUGAGACGCCUCUGAAGAUAUGAAGUGCUUACAAAGGGCUGCAUGCAAUAACAUAGAGGGAAGCAGGGUUUGAGUAACACGACAGAAACAGCAGUGUUAAGAGAGGGCUGUACCCCGAAAGUAGGCUCAUCAUACUGAACUGGUACCCAGCCGUGAAUUAAACGAGGACUCCAGGUGAACCAAAUGAACAAGCAUGUCUUGGAAAGAAAGAAAAGUUAGCUAGAAUAUAGGAAUUUGGGGACAAAAAGAAGGAAAUAGAAAAUAUUAAUUACUUUGUAAAUGAAAAAGACCAAAAGCUAGACACAUAUUUUGUAAUGAAUGUCAGAAGUAACCCUGGAGAGAUUGUUCAGAGCUGUACAAUCUGGUAGCCAUCAGCCACUGCUGCAUUGAGCACGUGAACCGUGCUUACUGAAGAAGUAGUUUUUACUUUCUUCCUUUUAAUUUAAAAACAUCAAUUAUUAGAAAACUUAUGUGUGUCUGGAACACUUGUUUUAAGUCUGUUUGUAACAUCUUGGAUAUGUGAAUCUGCUUCUUCAAAUGCAAAUUUUAUAUCUAAAUACAGACCAAGUAUUUCCAAUGAAAAUUUAAUGUCCAAAUGGAUGGAUUAUAAAUAUAAAAUACAUACUAGAUUUUAAAGACUUAGUAUAAAAAGAAUGUAAAAUAUUUUUAUAUUGAUUACACUUUGAAAUAACAUUUUAGAUGUACUGGGGUAAAUAAAAUGUAUUAAAAUUAA